AUGAAUACAUUUAAUAAUUUCAUAUUCCAAUCACCAACUAUUCUUUGUUAUGGAAAAGGGGCAAGUUCAGAAAUCGAAAAGAAAGAACUCAUUCCAAAAGGAGCAAGAGUAAUGAUGAUUUAUGGAGGAGGAUCUAUUAAGAAGAAUGGAGUAUAUGAAGAAGUUAAGAAAUAUGUUAAACCAAUUGUAGAAUUUGGAGGAAUUGAACCUAAUCCAGCACAUGAAACAUGUAUGAAAGCAGUUAAAAUUGCAAAAGAAAAUAAUAUUGAUUUUCUUUUAGCAGUAGGAGGAGGAUCAGUUAUUGAUGGAACUAAAUAUAUUGCACUUGCAAUGGAAUGGACAGCAACAGAAGAUCCAUUUGAUAUGUUUACUCAAAUGGAAAAAGCAUCAGCACCAAAAAGUAAAAUAGGAGUAGUAUUAACUAUUCCAGCAACAGGAACAGAAACAAAUAAUUUAUUUGUUGUAACAAUUAUGGAAAGAAGAUAA